CAUGGAAACAAAUGUUUGACCCUGGUGUCGAACUGGACUUCUGAUCGGUUCGUUUUUCUCCUCAAACUCCAACAACUGCAUAAAAAUGCCACCCAAAAAGAAAGACACAAGUAAACAGACUGCAGCUGCAAAGCCUCCCACUCUGAUAAAUGGCUUCACCAAGGAGGAGAUAUCCAAGGAGCAGAUGGAAGAACACAUCGUACACCUGCAAGAGGAGCUGGACAGAGAGAGGGAAGAGAGAAGCUACUUCCAGCUGGAGGAGGAUAUGAUCCGCGUCUUCAGGGAAAUCACUGAAAGGAAACUAGAUGAGGCCAGGGCCAAGCUGAAAAACUUGGAGAGGGCUGCUGAGGAAGAUGAUGGGUGUCAUCGCGUGGAGAAUAUGGUGUACAAGCAGAAGAUGAAGCACCUGCUGUGUGAGCACCAGAACACAGUGUCUGAGCUGAAAGCAGACCGUUUGGCUGCUGCUGCUGCRCUGCAGAAGGAGCACGAGGAGCUGGAGGACGAACUUUUUAACAAAAUGAGAGCUAUCACUGUGGACAUGCAGAGGCUCGGAAGUGAAAAUCAAAUCAGGGAGCUUGAACUGAAACACAAAGAAGAAACGGCAGCAACCAGGGCCAACUUCGACAAGCUUCUCGCAGAAACUACAGCGAGAUGCAAGGAGAAAAUGCAGCAGCUGCAAGAAGAACAGGAGACGAUAAAGCGAAGUGUGAUCAGCACACAGGAGCUGCAGUGGAGCAGCCACAUGAUGGCUCUGACAGAAGAUCACAACCAGUUCUUCAGGGACGCUAAAGCAGUCGUGCUCAACGUGAUGCAAAAUGCUGAGGCCAUCGAUCAACUCAACGAAGAAAUUGCCGAACUGAAGGUGAAACUGAAGAAGAUGAAGCAGGAUCAGAGCUCUGUUUUGAAGGAAAACCUUCAUCUCACUGAGCUUCUUGCAAAAGUCAGGAUGGAAAUCGCUGACGUCGAGAAGAAAACCAAACGCGGCUCAGUGAAAGAGAUAAAAAUACCCAAAAGAAAAGUCCUGGAAGACUUGAAAACAGACCACGAGGUACUGAAACACCACUUCACCAAGCUCCAGCUGGAGAGGGACGAGCUGUUCGAGUCUUUUCGUCAGAACACUCAGACAGCGCAGGAUGAAACAGAUUUGAGGAACAGCUUGUUGGAGAGUAAGCUGCAGACCUGGGUGGACGGUCUGGAGAAGAUCCAGGCUCAGCUCCAGUCUGUGCUCACAGCUCCGAACGUGGACCACACCGCCCUGAUGGGCAUCACAACCAAAGUGAAGGAAAAUCUUGAGUCCAAGAAUUCUACAAUCAAGGUCUUAGAGCACAAAAGAAAUCUAAUUUCUAAGGCUCGUAAGAAUUUGCUGCUGACUGCUGAACUGAAGCAAAUGGCUCCAAGUUCCUACCCUGGAUAAGUUCUCCCAACUAUCCUGUAAGCAAAAAAUAGAUCUUGGAGUAAAAAUCAACGAGUCAAAAGAACAAAAUCACAGCAAAUCCUGCUGGUUUUUGCAUCAGAAACUCCCAUGUUGCUGCGAUUUACGUUUGAUAAAACAUGCAUAUUCAGUAAUAAAUUAAGUUUAACCAAA